AUGGAAGAAAAUGAAGAUCUAAGGUGGCUGCUCUUCUCUCUCUGCCUGACGAGCUUCAAAAGCAAACCCCAAACCUGCGGUUAAACAUCUACCGGAGAAAUCAAAAAGAAAAUAAAAAUCUCUCUCUCUCUCUCUCAUCCUCUGUUCUUGUGGGUAUAUAAUCCGUACAAUGAUCUUCUCUCACAGAGGAUCAUUCAAAAGAGCAAGGGCACAACUGCGAUUCAGACAACCUCUGUGAGGAAGAAAAAACCAGACAGAAGAUGGUUGAAAACGCUGUCGUUCCCGGAGGAGGGGAGAAGGCGGGCGCCGUCGCCGUCUCCGGUCGGACUGUUAUGGUCGGCGUGAAGCUUGACGCGCCGAGCAGGGAGUUGCUGACGUGGGCUCUUGUCAAGGUUGCUGAACCUGGUGACACUGUGAUCGCACUUCAUAUCCUCGGAAACGAGAUAGUUGACCGAGCUGGGAAAUCGUCACUUCUAUCACUGGUGAAAACUUUUGACUCUGUUCUUGAAGUCUACGAAGGUUUCUGCAAUUUGAAACAGGUGGAUCUGAAGCUGAAGGUUUGCCGUGGUUCGUCAAUCAGAAAGAUUCUUGUGAGGGAAGCAAAAUCCUUUUCUGCGGCCAAAGUUAUUGUCGGAAUCUCCAGAAGUCACCAUGCAAUUCGCUCCUCUUCAUCAGUAGCUAAGUACUGUGCCAAGAAACUAUCAGAUGAUUGCUGGGUUUUGGCCGUCAAUAACGGGAAAAUCGUGUUCCAGAAGGAAGGUUCUCCAUCAACCAACUCUCAAGGAAAACAAGAAAUCCGCAGGAACACGUUGUUUAAUGCCCUUCACUGGUCUGUAACAUUAAACAAGAGUAAUAAAGUAGUAAACCAUUCAGAGGGGACUCUAAAGGAGGAAGAAGAGGAGGAGAAUCAUGGAGAAUGCCAGAAUCUUCGACAGGCUUUAGCUGCAGCUCGUCUCGAGAAUUGCUCGGUCUGCGGUUCAGAGAAUGGAGUUCCUGAAUCAUUGUCUGAAUCUUCACAUCAUGAAGAUGAUGAUCACAAAAACCAGGGGUCCAUGGCGAUUGUCCCUGCAAAUAAACCAGAAGAUUCGAGUGGUUCCAUCACUAUGUUGGUAAGGCAGUUGCCUGAAUCCAGGCCAGGCUGGCCUUUGCUCCGCCAUGGGCAAGCCUCUACUCUUCGCAGGUCAUCGUUAAGACAGAUACCGGUUGUACAGUGGGCAUUGAAGUUGCCCUCCAGGAACAAUACAACAUCUUGUGUUACCAAUUCUGACACUAAUCAAAUCUGUAAAUCACUGAGCUUAAACGCUCAGAGUGGUGCAAUAGUCCCUGUUAACAGCCCGAGAAACUCGGCAGCUGAGUUAGAAUGUCUUCAUGAGAAGUACUCCUCAACAUGCAGAACGUUCAAGUACAAGGAGCUUGUCUUGGCAACAUCUGGUUUCUCUCCAGCGAAUUUUAUCGGGAAAGGAGGAAGUAGUCGGGUUUUUAGAGGGUAUCUGCCUGGUGGAAGAGAAGUAGCCGUGAAGAUUCUGAAGCAGAAUGAAGAAGUUCUUAAGGAGUUCAUAUCAGAGGUUGACAUAAUCACAACCUUACACCAUGAGAACGUUAUUUCGCUGAUAGGGUUUUGCUUCGAAGACAACAAUCUAUUACUGGUUUACAAUUAUCUCUCGAGAGGAAGCCUCGCGGAGAAUCUUCACGGAAACAAGAAAGAUGAAGUUGCAUUUGGUUGGAGAGAAAGAUAUAAGGUUGCUGUUGGAGUAGCCGAGGCAUUGAACUAUCUGCAUAAUGAUGCUUCUCGACCCGUUAUCCAUAGAGACGUUAAAUCAUCAAAUAUAUUAUUAUCUGAUGAUUUUGAGCCACAGCUUUCGGAUUUCGGGCUUGCGAAAUGGGCAUCGAUAUCUUCAACUCACAUAAUCUGUUCAGAUGUGGCCGGGACAUUCGGAUACUUAGCACCAGAGUACUUCAUGUAUGGAAAGGUGAACGACAAGAUAGAUGUGUACGCCUUCGGAGUUGUACUUCUCGAGCUUCUUUCUGGAAGAAAACCUAUCAGCAACGAAUGUCCAAAGGGACAAGAGAGUCUUGUUAUGUCGGCGAAACCGAUUCUGGAUGAUGGAAAGUAUUCGCAGUUGUUGGAUCAGAGUUUGGAGGAUAGCUAUGAAGGCUUUCAGAUGGAGAGGAUGGCUUUGGCUGCCACUCUUUGUAUUAGACGCAGCCCUCAAUCUCGGCCUAAAAUGAGUAUGGUCUUAAAGCUUCUGAAAGGCGACGAAGAAGUGGUGGCAUGGGCAAGGCAACAAGUGGAAAACCCUUCAGAUGACUCAGAGGCUCUGAAAGAGGAAGAAAGCCAAAGGUCUAAUCUUCAGUCGCAUCUUAACUUAGCGCUUCUUGAUGUGGAAGAUGAUUCCCUCUCGAUGGGAAGCAUCGAACAAGGAAUCUCGGUCGAGGAUUAUCUCAAAGGCAGGACUAGCCGUUCCUCCAGCUUCGACUAAUCCCUUUUUUUUUUUUUCUUGAUAUACAAUAAAUACAAAAAAAAAAAAUUAGAGGUAAAAGAUGAGGAAAUUAUAAAAGGGUUACAUUGUGAGUGUGUGUGUGUAUAUAUGUGGAAGGUGUUCUUUCAUUUUUGCAUUUUGAAUGGGUGGUGGAUGAGAGGUGGAUUUGUGGAUGUUCUUGGCCUCCUCCCUCCCUGGUUAGGUUGUAAUUGUAACUUUUUAAAGUUUGGGGUUUGUUUUGCAAUUUUAUAUUUUUUUCUUUUUCUGCUUCA